AUGGAGAUGCUGGUUGAAGUGAUUAGUAGAGAGGCAGUAAAGCCUUCAUCCCCAACACCUCACCACCUAAAGACCUUCAAUUUGUGCCUCCUUGACCAAAUGACCCCCGCGUACUACACCCCCAUGAUGUUCUUCUACCCCGUUCACAAACCUCGUGGUCUCUCCUUGACCGUUGAGUGCAUCUCCAGCACGCUAAAGAAGUCCCUAUCCGAGGCCCUAGCCCGAUUUUACCCACUAGCCGGACGGCUCGAUAGGAACAACCUUCACAUUGAUUGCAAUGAUGCCGGCAUUCUGUAUGUCGAGGCCCAAGUGCGCGGCUCGCUAUCAGAGUUCCUCAAGAAGCCCGAGAUCGGUCUACUAGAUGAGUUCCUCCCGUUACGUGGACUUUCGACUACGCCAGAGGAGGAGUCGGUUUUAUUGGGAAUUCAAGUGAAUGUGUUCUCGUGUAGGGGGUAG